AUGUGCGCGAAAACGUGUUACCGUGGUAAUUUGAUUUUCUGUGGACGCCGGAAAAUCUGUGUCCCAAGGAUGUUGAUUGGUACUUUCUUCAAUAGCACCAGAUUUUGGUCAGAGGAGUUUUGGUUACCGCCUAAAGAAAGUUGGGGUAAUAUAAAUGCCCCACAAACCAGAGAUUUUAUCCACGGCAUUUUUUCAGCCAUCAUAUUAUGCGUUUUGCGUGUGAUUCUGCAUAAAUUAACAAAGAGCCAGGAAGUACCCAAUAUUCCACUCCUUGAAGAAUAUUACCAAUUUAACAAACGUCCACCUUUCAAUGACAUCCGAGCGCUGUCGAAAAAACUUGAUGUCAGUGAUGCCAAAGUUUCCUACUGGUUUCGGGCCAAACGCAAUUCUGUGAAAUUUCCAAUCAUUGUGAAGUUUGCGGAAUCUGGUUGGAGGUUUUCGUUUUACUUUUGUUUAUUUUCUUACGGAAUCUGCUGUUUAUAUCAGGAACCAUUUUUAUACGACACCUCUGAAUUCUUUCGUGCCUAUCCUCACCACGAAAUGAGUCGCUGUAUAUUUUGGUAUUACAUGAUCGAAUUGGCUUAUUAUGUCUCUGGACUUAUUUGGGUCUUCGUUGAGGUUAAGCGGAAGGAUUUCAUUGUGAUGCUGACUCAUCAUGUCGUCACUGUUGCAUUGAUCUCGUUCUCCUACCUAACAAAUUACUUCCGUAUUGGGUCGGUUAUCAUGCUUCUACAUGACUCUGCCGAUUUUUGGCUUGAGGCCGCAAAGAUGUUUAAAUAUCUUGAAAAGUUUUGGCCCUGCAUGGCGUGCUUCACAACAUUUAUAUGUGUCUGGAUUGCAACACGUUUGUACUACUAUCCAUUUCGGAUCAUCGCAUCAUUGUUUUACGACGCUCCAGUGUUGAUUGGCUUCUAUCCAGCCCUCAGUGCCUUCGCAGUCUUCCUCAUUACCCUUCAACUUCUUCACAUCUUUUGGACGGUUCAAAUCAUCCGGACAGCUGUGAAACCGUUCACUACUGGUCAGUUGACUUCUGAUGCUCGAAGUGACAGUGAGAUGUCAGACACAGCCAAUGAUUGCACCACUGGUAUCCAUGCCAACGGAUCCGGUUAUCCGGAAAAAAUGACUGAAGUUCUGAAUCCUUUAGGCACAUGUGCUAACAAUAGCUCCCUUGGUCCCACAUCCAAUCCCACGUCCCCAUCGAACACUAUUCGAAAACGACUUAAACAAAGUCCUUUAUCGAGAGAUGAGAUUAUGUCAAUCCUUCAGAACCUUGUCCUUGAAGCUUCUCUUGUUGACUACAUGGUAGCCCAUGGUGUCAUUUCAUUAUCGUCGGCUCGUGAGUUGAUGCAAGUUGAUUGCAAAAAUGAACAGAAAAUUGAGAAGCUCAUGGAUUUACUGGAUUCCGAGUGUGAUGCACCACAGCACUACAGUCAGAAUGCAAAAAUCGUACUACUGACGAAUGCAUUGCGUAACACUGGUCAACAUGCCCUGGCUAGUCAACUUGACCGUGGUCGCAAAAUCAAACCCGCUCCCCUGGCCGACACAAAACUUUGCGACACCGGAUAUGGUUCUGACAUUGUUUACCCGGUUCCCGAAACACUCUGUGUGUGUCUUAACGCAGUGUGCGCUAUUUAUCUCACUGUGACUCAUUGGGGCUCCGGUUCUCCCUCUCCCCUUCUCUGCCUUCCCAUCCACCCUCCCGUUUUCUGUGAAAGCUUAUCUCUAAAGUGGAGCAUUGCCGUCGCUAUCCCGCAUCCUAGCCGCCGAGACUUGACAACUCUCAAUCUCAUUGCAGAUUCCGCGGCUGGUCCCUCCUCCCCCAAUCUCCGCCGUCGAGGUCAGCUCAACCUGUGGGUGCAGGUGGCCGCGAUACGACUGAGUCCCGCCUCCUGCCAGCAUUUUCGCCUCCCUCAAUCACGUGAAUCUCCACUCUCUCUCUCACCACUAUCGCAUGGCAAAAAGCGCCCAUUAUUGUCGAAAAGCCCCAGUUGCUGCGAGGAGGAGACUGGUGACGCUGUAAAAGAGAGGAAUUCACCUGAGAUCAAGGCAAGAAACACUAGCGGUUCCGUGGACUACCAUCUUCCUUCCUUCGUCUGUCCACCUCCCUCACACAUUACCUCUCAGGAGUCACCACCGGACGACUCUGAGAUGCGUACUCGAGAACAGGCUUUACGUCUUGCCAAGCUGGCAAUUCUCGACGCCAAGUCAAACGAAUUCUACACGGCUCUCUCAAGUCCACUGAGUGACGCAUUGGUGAAGUUUCUCGAGCAGACACUGGGGGUAUUGGUAUUGGGGGCACAAGUAGAGUCCCACUGUCCCAAUGACUGUCUUCCUGAGGGUUUACUUCAGCCUCUCUCAGCUGCAACAGCAGUAUCGAUUGUGGCGACGACUCACGAAGCUCUCGAGCGCCUUCACGACGCUGUCACCCUAACACCACAAGAGAAGUUGCCCCACUUGCCACCCGCCAGUAGCCUCUCCUCGGCUCUAGAGACUAUCUUCCAGCAGGAGAGGGAUUUCAUGAAAAAAAUUGAUUUAAAGGACAUCUGUUUGAGUGUCGCGUUGCAGGCAGACGAGAUGAGAUUGGCAGCAAACUCAUCGCCUCAUCUCACGUGGAUAUGCGUGCGGGUACGGCUGGGGCAGACCGCAGGCACAAUUGCUCAUUGUGCAUCUCAUGCUGGUGACCGAAAGAACAAACAACAGUUGGGGUUGCAAACCACCUACACGAAAGAUACACCUAAGAGGUGUGCAAAUGAAAGAAAGUCCUAUCCUCAGUCUUACAAGUGGGCCCAGGACUUCUUACUUCACACUGUCGCCAAUCUGAUUUCAGGGAUGGAUGGGAGGCAAAGAGGUAGGUUGGUAGGCAAGUGGGCAGACAGAUGCGUCUCAGUUGUCAUCUUUCUUGCCUCAAGCAUUAGCCAAUCACGUGGACACAGACAAAGUAGACUUGAUAUGAAAAAUGCAACUGGUGAGAUAAAGCCGGACGUGUCUGUGGCCAGGGAUUGGGCUGUUCGCUUGUAG